CAUUGAAGAGUGGAAGAAAAAUAUUCAAAGUAAUAUUUUACCAAACUACGCUGUUUAACGAAAGCUGUGAUUAAAAGAAAAAUCGGAAAAUUGACAAAAAAUACGCAAAAGAAACUUCUCAAUCAAAGAAAUAACGAACAAGUGAAGAAAUCCGUUUUAGCUGCUGUUUUGUUUCAAAUAGGACUUUGACGGAGCGAAAAUGUCUGGUCGUGACCGGAGUGCUGAUCGAGGCAAGCGUUUUCUGCGGAUGGACAGCAAAUAUCCGCCUCUCAAGAUAUCAGAUCCCAGCUUAGUGGUUGGAAAACGAAAGGAAAUCGUAAAUGUGAUGAGAAAAGCUCGCGACAACCCAAACGAUUAUUGGGACAAGAAAUUGCUUGAAGUAGAAGAACGAGACCCCGGAAGAUGGCGUCAUAGCGGAUUCAAGAAGCUCUAUGUCGAGGGUGAAGGUCCCAGUCGGUCUUCUAGCAGAUCUCGGUCACCGAGACCUCCUCGUCGUGUCAGUCCGUCGCCAAGACCGCGACGUGCGGCAAGUCCUUCGCCACGUCCCCGGAGUCCCCCGAAUGUAAGAGUACGGAAACCCUUACCGCCGCCGCCGUCAUCAAAACGUCGAAUGUCGAUGUCGCCGCCCCCGAAACGGCCCGCUUAUCGACCGCCGUCGCCGCCCUCGGUGUCAUCGAGCUCUUCUAGCUCCGAAGAUUCGUAUCCGAUGCGUGGUCGACGUUCGCGUUCUCGCUCGCCGCCACCGGUUCACAUGAAGGCAGGUCGUUUUCCCGAGCCAGGUGGUUCGAAGGCGCCACUGCCACCGAUGCGUUACAGGUCUCCGUCGCCCGGAUACCGAAAGAUGCCCGAAAAGCGUUACAUGGAAAAGGCACCUCCAGAGAAACCUCCACGUUCACACAAAAUGAUGCCAGUAUCGCGCAAACAUUUGUCGCCGAAGCCGCGAGUUACAUCGACAUCUGAUGAAUACACGGUAAAAGCUAAAUCUCGUCCACAGGAACCUGCUCCGAUUCCAACAAAGGUCAAGAAAGCGAAGAGAGUGAAGGAAAAGCAUAUCCCAAUUCAACGGAUCAAAAUCGAAGAUGAGCCCAAGCAAAAGCGUCGUUCGCGUUCCAGCUCGUCUUCGUCGAGUGCCAGCGACACGAAUGACGAUGGCGUCGUCUUUUCCGCAUUAAAUGCCAGCACUCGCAUCAGCUUGUCCGAACGUUUCGGCAAAAUUGCUCAAUGGAGUACGGAUCGCACAAAUAUGGAAAAUAUGCGAAUCACGAAAAACUCGGCGGGUGGCGACUUGAAGGUCUUGAUCGAGGAAGAAUCGUCGACGAAUCAGCGUGAAGCGUAUUUGCGUAAUGGAAAUUUCCCCGAUGCACUGCCAACGCAAGCACCGACGCAUACGACGGGCAGCUGGGACGACAUCAAUGUGCGUUAUCGAUAUUACAAGGGCGCCGGCUACUUGAAGGGACUCACGUUGGACGAUUAUGUGCGUUGGGAAGAGUGGUGGUACCAGUACCAGGAAUGGCUUAAUCGCUGCCAACUUUGGGAGGCCAAUCGCAUGAACAGAAGACAUCGUCGGAAACUUCCGAUCACCGCACGGUUGAAUUAAAAAAUUGCAUGCAAAUUACUCGAAAAUAUCCAUCGUAAUAAUCUCUUGAUUGUUUCUUUCUCUUUUUCUUUUGUACGAGUAAGUUAAUGUGUAAGAACAAAUUUUAGUUGUAAUAAAAUACAUU